CCGCCGCGAACCCAGAGGCCGGCGGCGACACUCCCGAGACAAGAAAACUAUCAAGAAACGCUCGACGUCCGUUUAUGAGCCAGAUCGACCCGCAGAAACACUUUUGUUUGUUUUCGACGCCGCGUCCAAAUCCCUUCUUCUUCCGCAAUGGCAAAAAACCCAGCAAACGUUCCCCUCGAAUGUCGCACCCGAAAUGUUUUGCCGUCGUCUUCGCGCGUGGUCUCGCCGGCGCGUACUUUUAGCGUCACGUGACUCUCCAGAUUUGAAUCUUUUUUGGGAUACAAAUGACCUCCGCGUGCGUUGUUGUUUGAAUGAACAUUUUCAGAACAUGCUUGCUUUCUUCGGUGUUCCACCUGUUGGUGACAGCCAAUCAGCUACUUGCCUGCUUUGGUGAUGCCCCGCCCACAUUUAGUCAGCCACCCUGGCUCGUCCUUUUCACUCAUCUUGUGUGUUUGUCUUAUUCUUUCCGUUAGCCUAAUAGCGUAGCUGCCUAUGUCAUAUUUGAAUGUUUUUGGGGGGGAAAAAAAAAAAUAAAAAUCAACAUUUAUAGCGGGCACUUUGGUAUUUUGUAUUGAUAUUGCAACAGUAAGUUCAAAAUGACUUUAGCAAUUUCAGUAUGACACGAGGCUAACGCUUUGCUCCAUCGUACUCCGAUGCUUCCGACCCAUUGUUGACCCCGCUGCGUGCGAUGCGAGUUCACGCCAGGCUGCCGCAUUCCUGCCGGAGAGCUGCAGAUUUUUUUUUUUUUUUUUUUUUGUCCGUCCCUGAGCUGGAGACCGCGGCUAUAUAAAGCGGCUAUAAUUACCCGAGCGGUCUGUACAUACGUUCAAAUAAACAAGGCAGCCGAGGCCCAGAGGCCCAGAGGCCCCUCGCGUGAGCUCGUAACCUCGCUUGAAAUCUCGCCAAACAUUCGCUUCACAAUUGACUAAGUUCUCUGUAUUUAUUAGUUACCAUUUUUAACCUUUUCCUGUUAUCAGGCACGCUCUUAACGUCUGUCUUUUUACACGUGACCUGCUUUUAUGUGGAUUUCCGACGCCAGUUGACUUCGAAGCGCUAAUUGUCCCAAAAGGCACCUUGAUUGCAGGGCAUCUCCGUGAAUUCGGGCGCGAGCGAGGGGUUUUUCACUUUCCAGCCCGAGACGGUGUGCAUCUGUUGACACUCGAUGGCGCUUAGCAUUUAGCGGUGGCUCGCAUCGCUCGCAUGUUUGACUGCAAAGACACACAAAGCACGCCGAGGCUAGCUCCGAUGGUUAGCGUCAGACUCCGCGUCGCCUGGAGUCUCGUGUCCGACAGACUUCGCUGCUUCUCCGGUGCUAAUUUCAUCCAGACGGUGCCGGAUGCGACACCAAUCCAAGCAAAACUAAAACGAGACGGCCGGGAAUAGGCGGGAAAAGAUUUUUCGCCUCGGAUCUGGAUGACAUCACGGAUUGAUGUCGCCCAUGUGUGCAGUCGACAGCUGGAACGCAGCAUUGGUUCGUGUCUUCUUCUUCUUCUUCUUCUUCUUCAUCACAGAGGAUGAUGAGGAAGUGCCCUGCUGGAUCAGGAUGACGACCACCUCCGAGUUGCACUCUCACAUUCGGCCUUGUGACAAGCCAAAAGAAGCCACGAGCACAAUUUCACGCUUGCUUAAUUAAAGAGGAUGCAACAUAUCAAAGAGGAGAACAUGUGGCCCUGGUGAAGGACUUUGAAAAGAGAGCUUCUUGAGGUCUACCCACGAACCCUAACCAGUGGACCUUCAAGUGGAACAGGAGGAGGAUGGAGGAGUAGGACAAGAGGUGAAGGAGGCCAGAGGGAAAGGACAACGAGAGACGGGGGCGAGCAACCAGACGAGUGAUGAGAAGGAGAUAAGGACGAACGGCGAGACGAGGAGAACCGGAAGUAUUGGGGGUGGGGGGGGGGGGGUCGACCGGAACGAGAAGGAGAAGAACCACACUUGGGAGGAGGAGGACGACGGUUGGGGAGAGCGCCACAGACCAGGAGCAGGAGCAGGGGAUGGCUAAAAGAAGUCGAGGAGAAGCCCAACCAGAUCGAGGAGAAGGCAAGAGGAGGAUCGGGACUGAGAGGAGAAGGAGGAGCAGCGUGGGAGAGAGGAGGAGAAAAGGCAGCGCUGUCCGAGUUUGGGGAGGAGGAGAGUUUGGGGGUGGAGGAGGAGCCGAGCAGUGAAAGGGCAGCAGCGGGAGAAAACCGGGAGCGUUGAAUGUCGCUCGGGUGCAGAAUGCGCGACUGGCGCCGCGCGUAGGAGCUGGAACGGCGCUUUUGCAGUGGAUGCGCGCGUGACGCUCCUCGCCAGGGAUGAGUCGCCUGCUUUUGUGGAUUCUCAGUGCAGUCGGGAUUCAGCAGGCCUCCUCCCAGAAUUCCACUGCCACGCCGCCGGCGGUCACGUGGCCCUACAACCGCACGCAGUACUGCCGGUGGCCUUGCGAGUGUCCCGCCCGGCCCCCCGCCUGCCCGCCGGGCGUGAGCCUCCUGACGGACGGCUGCGACUGCUGCAAGGCGUGCGCCCGGCAGGUGGGCGAGGAGUGCAACGAGGCGGACACCUGCGACCGCCACAAGGGGCUGUACUGCGACUACAGCUCGGACAAGCCGAGGUACGAAAAGGGCUCGUGUGCAUACACGGUCGGCACGGGCUGCGAGCACGACGGCGUCAUCUACCGCAACGGCCAGAGUUUCCAGCCCAGCUGCAAGUACCAGUGCGUGUGCGUCAACGGCGCCGUCGGCUGCGUGCCGCUCUGCACCGAGUCCAGGCCGCCGCGCGUCUGGUGCCAGAACCCGCGCCGCGUCAAAGUGCGAGGGCGGUGCUGCGACGAGUGGAUCUGCGACGAGCCCAAGAGGGGGCGCAAGACGGCGCCCAGACACGUCGCGGAGGCGCCCCCCGCCGAGCUGAGCGGCUGGCACAAGAACUGCGUGAGCCGGACCACGUCGUGGAGUCCCUGCUCCAAGACGUGCGGGCGCGGCCUGUCGCUGCGCGUCUCCAACGCCAACCGGCGCUGUGAGCCGGUCAAGGAGUCGCGCCUGUGCAACCUGAGGCCGUGCGACGUGGACAUCGCCAAGACCAUCAAGGCGGGCAAGAAGUGCGUGAACGUGUACCGCGAGGAGCGCGCAUCCAACAUGAGCAUCUCGGGCUGCACCAGCACCAGGCGGUACCGGCCCAAGUUCUGCGGCGUGUGCACGGACGAGCGCUGCUGCAUCCCGCACAAGUCCAAGACGGUGGCCGUGGAGUUCGCGUGCCCCGACGGCUCCGCGUUCUCCUGGAAGAUGAUGUGGGUGCAGGCCUGCUUCUGCAACCUCAGCUGCAAGAACCCCAACGACAUCUUCGCCGAGCUGGAGAAUUACUACGGCUACCCCGAGGUCAUGAACUAACCCGGCCCCGAACGCUUCCUUCCAAUUCAUUUGAUAUUUGAUAUUUCCUAUUGGAAAAAUGUGUCAAUAAUGACGUGCGGUGUUUCCACAAGGGACUCGUGAAGCAGUUGAAAAGAAAACGUCAAUGUGAGUGUCAGGACUUUUUUUCGUAGGACAUGGAAACAAAAACAAUCAAUAUAUGAUAUUCAUGAUAUUUUAGUGUAAAUGCUUUUCAUUUGGUCAUUUUCAUUUUUUAACCAUUUACAUGGCUUGUAAAUGCAACAAAAAGCUAUUCAACUCUUAGGAAUACAAGAAUAUAUUGUAUUUUUAAAAAUAUUUGAUAAUUAGAAACCCGUGAAUGAUAUGCCAGGAUGAAAUUUGUAUUUAUUGUAAUGUGUAUUUUAUUUUAAUCUAAUUCAAUUAUUUAUAGGACUUGGAAAUGAAUAAAAAAAACUAGUACUUUUUUUUUUUUUUAAAUAUGAUCAUUUUAUAUUAGUGCAAAAUUCAAUUAUUUAAUGUAGAAAGAAAUUCAUCUAUUAUUUUUCAUAAUUUUUAAAAUCAUUUUAUAUGACUUGGAAAUGCAAAACAAAUUAACAAGUAUUUUUGCAUGUCUAAUUAUUUUAACUAUGUAGGACAAAUGGAACCGAAAAACAAAAACAAACAAACAAACACACUGAGAUCAGAUGAGUUACAAGUUAGCAUUUUUUUUUAAUGUAAUUUUUUUUCUUAAUAAAUACAAACUGUUAUGCCGCCUCUUUACAAAGCCGUCAAAAAGCUCCAACAAAAGCAAAUGUUGGCCAACGUAGUGCAAGCCAAGAGAGGAGAGAGACAGAGCGGCAGCUAAGCUCUAUGCCGUUGUUAUUAUUAUUAACAACAAAAACAAUAAUUUUAUGUCUCACACAUACACACACAAAGUGAACAACGGCAUGGCGCCGCUUCGUUCCGUUGUGCUUGAUUGUAUAGAAAAAAAAGUGUAUAAAAAAAACGUUAAUUGUUUUUUUUCCUGCCGGCAUUAUUAAUAAAGCUUUUCGAUUUAGA